AUCUUGGCCUGAGUACAUCACUCUGUGUUUUUCUCCGACCUCCAGGAUGGACCUGUCUGUGGUCAGGUGGUCGAGCAUAGAGUACAACCUUCAAGACUAUGUUGCCACAUUCUAUGACUCAUUUCCAAACAUCAUUAAAAUAACCGAGGGAUUUCUGGGGAAGCAGGAGAUAGAUAGUGUGAGCUCCAGUACAGUCAUCAGAGUCCAUUCUGUGUCUAGCCAAAGGAGAAUCAUUGCUGAAACCAAAUGUGGACAGAUUUUAUCCUUGCCAUACAAGUUGCAAAGCUUGAAAUUCUUAUUACCUCCAGAGUCUAAGCCAAUUCAAGGUUUUAAGGUCCGAAUUCCCACGACGUUGGAAGAAAUAUUAGCCAAGUACAGCCUACCUAUCACUGUUUACUCUGCCAAGCUCCUUUCUUAUAAGGAGAAGGGUGAUAUCAAAGCUGAGAAUGGAAUUGUUUCUGAACUUACAUUACAAGACACUUACGAAGAAUCAUUUCUGCUUGGACACCCCAUUGAUAAGGGAAAGAUAUUUGUAGAAGAGCCCAUUAUGGUUCCUAUGUACAUGACGGAGCUCAAACUGGUUGUUGCAGUGGGACUUACGGAUGAAAACAAUAUAAAGUGGAAAGAGAUGUGUGAAAAGUUAACUUUUGAAGUAAAAAGUAAAGGGCAUUCAUCAGAAGCCACAUUUCAGGAAAUAUUCAUGCUGGAUAAGAAAAACCUUUCCCCCCAAGAGCCAAAAUACAAUAGCAUUGAGCCAAUAUACAUUGACAUCAGCGAGGUGCGAAAAGAUUCAAUGGUUUAUCUUCCAAACAUAGGAAAACUGGCUGUGGAGGAAAAGCAUGGUACGUUAAAUGCAGUCAAGAAACCAGUAAACCAAUUACCGGCUUUAAAGUCAGAGACUCCAUCAGCUAGCGGUUUCACAACACUUUCCAGUAUCCCAGCAGAUCUUCAUCAUCUGACUGUUAGCCAGGUUUGUGAGUGUUUGGUGUUACUCAACAUGAGCCAGUAUGUGAAGGCUUUUGAAGGAGCCCAGGUAGAUGGCCAACUCCUGUACGAUUUGGAUCAAGAGAUGAUGAAGGGCUGCUUGGGAAUGAAUGGACUGAACAUGGCAAAGCUGGUAAAAUUUCGGAAUGGAUGGAGGCCCAAUCUGCAGGACUGAUUGACCACAGUCCACUCUGCAAUAAAGAUACUAAAAGUCAAACUCGACACUUUGACUGCAGCGCCCUAUGAAACUAUGUUUGUGGAUGGAGCUAACUGCAUAGUCAGUAGAAGAGCCUGGUCCAAACAUGGACUGAUAAGGAGUACUGUUGAUUCUUCUAUCUGGAUCAGUCUGCACAGACUACAUGGAAAUAUUCUAAAUUUUUCUUUCUUUAUGAUAUUCUCAUGCGUGCGCAGUCUUUUUUCCAUUUUGUUUAUGAGUUCUUUUUUUUUUUUUUGCAAAGAUGAAUAUAUUAACCAAGACUCAUUAUUUGAUCCAUGUGUGCUGAACGUGUGCUGCUCGAUUUUUUCCCAACAAUGUCCUAGUUUAGGGAACAACUAACUCA